AUGAAGCAGAUACACGGAAAGCUCACGCCGGAAAAAGUUGAUGAGACAAUGGAUAACUUGCGCGAACAGAACGCCCUUGGUGAAGAGAUUGUGGAGGCAAUGAACAGUGUCAACAACAACCAGCUUGACGACGCAGACCUAGAAGCGGAGUUCGAAGAGUUACAGCAGGAACAGCUGGAUGAGCAAAUGCUCAAAUUAAGCUCUGCAUCCGUCCCGCAUGCAAUCCGGGAUAUGCCCGGAGCGGUCAAGAGAGAGCCUCCCAGCAAGGCCGCGGUAGAGGACGAGGAAGAAGAUGAUGGACCCAGACAACUGCAGGCCGAAAUGGCUAUGUGA